CUCCUCCUCCUCCUCCUCCUCCUCCUCCUCCUCCCUCGUCGGCUCGUCCGCUCCGGUCGAAGGCGGCGGCGGCGCUCACCGCUCACCGCUCACCUCCUCCCUGCCUCCUUCCGUCCCUGCCCCGUCCCCCCUGGGUCGGCCUCGGCCGCCGGGCUCCCCGGCCGCGCCAUGGGCACCCGCGACGACGAGUACGAUUAUCUCUUCAAAGUGGUCCUCAUCGGAGACUCCGGAGUGGGCAAGAGUAACCUCCUGUCACGAUUCACCCGCAAUGAGUUUAACCUGGAGAGCAAGAGCACGAUCGGCGUGGAGUUUGCCACCAGGAGCAUCCAGGUGGACGGGAAGACCAUCAAGGCGCAGAUCUGGGACACGGCGGGGCAGGAGCGCUACCGAGCCAUCACCUCAGCGUACUACCGCGGAGCCGUGGGGGCCCUGCUGGUGUACGACAUCGCCAAGCACCUCACGUACGAGAACGUGGAGCGGUGGCUGAAAGAGCUGCGGGACCACGCGGACAGCAACAUCGUCAUCAUGCUCGUGGGGAACAAGAGUGACUUGCGCCACCUGAGAGCCGUGCCCACGGACGAAGCCCGCGCCUUCGCAGAAAAGAAUGGUCUAUCAUUUAUCGAGACGUCGGCUUUAGACUCUACAAACGUAGAAGCUGCCUUCCAGACAAUCCUGACAGAGAUCUAUCGCAUCGUGUCGCAGAAGCAGAUGUCAGACCGGCGCGAAAACGACAUGUCUCCGAGCAACAACGUGGUCCCCAUCCACGUCCCGCCCACCACCGAGAACAAGCCCAAGGUGCAGUGCUGUCAGAAUAUCUGAGGCUGUCCGGCUCUCCCCCAGAAGGCUGUUGUAUAGUCCGUCGCCCGGCUCCGAGAUUUAAAUAUAUUUGUAAUUCUUGUGCUCACCCUUUUUUUUCCCCCCUUCUUCCCCCCUCCCCUUUUUCGGUGUGUGUCCCAUGAUCUCCCCCUCUGAAUCCUCUCCACGACCUCGGUCUUGUUGAUUUGAGUCUUAUAAAAUCACCCACCCGCCUCCCCAAGUGACAGCGGCUUCUCCCCCCGCCCGGCGCUCACCAGGCCUAGUUGAAUUAAACGUUCGGAUUCCUCAAAUCUCCCGCCGCUCGCCCUCCGACCCAGCGACCCACCUCCGCAGACUGAGAAAACCGGGACCCAGCCGCGCCUUAAUAACCAGCGAGCGGCUUAGGGAGACCGGGGAGCCCCGGCGGUCUCCGGGUCGGGAGCCGCCCCACCGGACGGUCCUCGCCGCUGCGGGGUUUUCGAACGCACGUAAGAGGAGUAAACCCGAGCCGGGUCACGAGGCCCGCCGAUAUGGCCGAGCGGCUUCUCCCCGGGCCGCCGAGCGGGCGUCGGGCAGGGCGUCUUACGGUUUCUCGGGUCACCCGGCGUUGGGGUUCCGACGGGAAUCGGGGCGAGGCGGGGGUGGAGCUGGGGGGCGGCACCAGAGCCUUCCUGGAGGGAAGGAACAGGCCCCCGACCCGACAGGGGGCUCGGCGACUCACAUCCGGUCCACUCCAAGCCACUCUCCCACCCCCGGCCGAUUCCGGGCUUGUAGUCGAACGGACGGAAUGGUGGGGGGGAGGGGGCCGAUUCCUCACCGCCCCCCCCCCCCCGCCCACUCCCCCGCAGAAGCAUGCACGGACCACUACGCUCCCUGUCUUCCUUUCCGGGAUGACUGCAAGCACUUAAAACCUACAGAGUCGGGGAGGGGGCCCUCCCCGGCCCCGCGGGGGGACGGGGGCGGGCGCGGGGGUCCCGGCCGGCCCGGCCUCUCGCGGUGCUCAUGACGUGCGGGGCCCACGGACGGCAUCGCCGGAGCCCGGUCCUCGGUCUUCCCCGCCGAGCCGAGCCGCCGCGGCCCUCCGUUCCGAGGACGCUCUCGAUCGAUUUGUAAAUUGCUACUUUGUAUUUUAUGCAUGUACUGUACCUUGACUCCUCUUUUUUUCUUUUUCUUUUUGGUUUUAAUUUUAGAUAUUGAUUUAAAAAUCUACUCCUUCCCAUUCGCGCUAAUAAACAGUUCCGGGGGGACGAGUCCCUUUGUGGUCA